CCGAGAUUUUACCCAAUAUGGAACCUGCCUGUGGGCGGGGGUUGCUGAGGGGAGAGGACGGGAGGAGCAAUUCUCGCGAGAAGAGAGCAACAGCUGGUCACCAGAGGCAGGAACUCCCGGGAACUGCUCUUCUUGAGGGCGCGAAGGCGGACCCAGGCAAGAGGUGGUCAAGCGGCGAACAUUUGCCGCGUGCGCCCCACCGUGGUCGGCGGGGCAAAUGCCUAGUUCCCCGGUGGAAAGCGACAGUGACUAAUAGGGUGUCGGGAAAGAGCCAAAGGAUCUUUGAACUACCACAGCAGCCGAGCACCCGCUUAGCGGAACCUCCAAUUUCCAAGAAAUAUUGCAUAAAAAAGAGGUUCUGGCCAGAAAGCCGUUGCAGUCUCAUCUGCUCAAGGACAUAUGGCUUACUCUUCGGAAUUCUGACGAAAUCUGCCCCAAAGGGUCGUCGGGAGACUUUAGUGGAUGACUUGGACGUGAAGUGCGGGCCGCGAGGCCUGGCCUCCAGCAGGCCUUCAGUCAAAAGUACUCAAGAGGUGCGGCUGGGUGACCCAGAGAAGGGGCCGGCGCGGCCCAGAGCCCCCGCUCCCCGCCCCCGGCUCAGCCGCCGGGGCCCCUUCCUCGGCCCCACUCCGGUCCCCCGCCCGCCCGAACGCCCGCGGGCUCCGCCGCAACGGCUCGGGAACCGCCGGCGUCCGCGUCCACAGCGUCGCCAGCCCGGCCGGAGCUGCGUCCGAGACCAGCGCCCGGCCCGGCGGGAGCCAGGGAUGGUGCACCCAGAGAGGAGCUACCAGGGCUUUGGCUCUAGAUAUAGACAGAAUUCCUUCACGUAUGAUGUGAAGCGGGACGUGUACAAUGAGGAGACUUUUCAUCAGGAACACAGAAGGAAGUCGGCUUCCUCUGGGAACGUGGACAUCAACAUCACCACCUUCAGUCACCAUGUCCACUGCCGCUGCUCAUGGCACAAGUUCCGAAGAUGCAUGCUUACAGUAUUUCCCUUCCUAGAGUGGAUGUGUUUGUAUCGAUUCAAGGAUUGGCUUCUUGGAGACUUACUUGCUGGUAUAAAUGUUGGCCUUGUGCAAAUUCCCCAAGGCCUGACGUUUAGUUUGCUGGCAAGGCAACUGGUUCCUCCUCUCAAUGUUUCUUAUUCAGCUUUCUGUUCUUCAGUAAUUUAUGUAAUUUUUGGAUCCUGCCAUCAAAUGUCCAUUGGUUCCUUCUUCCUUGUGAGUGCUCUGGCCAUCAAUGUCCUGAGGAUGUACCCAUUCAACAGUGGCCGCCUCAUACUGGGAACUUUCAUCAAAGAUGACUUUUCUGACAUCUCCUUCUUUGCAAAAUAUAACAGGUCCCUGAGUGUGGUGGCAUCCACAACUUUUCUGACUGGGAUUAUUCAGCUAUCAAUGGGCCUGUUCGGUUUCGGCUUCAUUGUCACUUACCUUCCGGAGGCUGCAAUCAGUGCUUACCUGGCUGCCACGGCGCUGCACAUCAUGCUGUCCCAGUUGACAUGCAUCUUUGGGAUUAUGAUUAGCUUCCACUCUGGUCCCAUCUCCUUCUUCUAUAACAUAAUUAACUACUGUCUAGAUCUCCCAAAAGCUAAUUCCACCAGCAUCCUACUAUUUCUAACUUCUGUUGUUGCCAUGAGAAUCAACAAGUGUAUAAGAAUUUCCUUCAAUCAGUACCCCAUCGAAUUUCCCAUGGAAAUUUUUCUGAUUCUUGGCUUCACUGCAAUUGCAAACAAGAUAAACAUGGCCACAGAAAACAGCAAGAUGCUCAUUGAUAUGAUGCCUUAUAGCUUCUUGUUUCCUGAAACGCCAGAUUUUAGCAUUCUUACUGAAGUUCUUUUAGAAGCAUUCUCCUUAGCUUUAGUGAGCGCCUCUCUGCUCGUAUUUCUGGGCAAGAAAAUUGCCAGUUUCCAUAACUACGAAGUCAAUUCCAACCAGGAUUUAAUAGCCAUUGGCCUUUGCAAUGUCGCCAGUUCAUUUUUCAGAUCUUACGUCUUUACUGGUGCUAUUAUCAGGACUAUUAUCCAGGAUAAAUGUGGAGGAAGACAACAGUUUGCAUCUCUGGUAAGCGCAGGUGUGAUGCUGCUCCUGAUGUUGAAGGUGGGACGCUUUUUCUACCAACUGCCAAAUGCUGUGCUGGCUGGUAUUAUUCUGAGCAACGUCCUACCCUACCUUGAAACCAUGUACAACCUACCCACUCUAUGGAAGCAGAACCAGUGUGACUGUAUCAUUUGGGUGGUGACAUUCACAUCUGCAAUUGCCCUGGGCCUGGACGUCGGACUACUUGUUGCAGUAGCUUUUACCUUCUUUAUCAUCACUGUUCAGUCACACAGAACUAAGAUUCUCCUCCUGGGUCAGAUCCCUAAUACCAAUAUUUAUAGAAGCAUCCACGACUACCGGGAGGUUACAAACAUUCCAGGAGUGAAGAUCUUCCAGUGCUGCAACGCCAUAACAUUUGUCAAUGUUUACUACCUAAAGCGCAAGCUGUUAGAGGAGGUUGAAAUGGUAAUGGUGCCCCUUUCAGAAGAAGAAAUGUACCGCCUGUUUAAUAACGAAGAGGGCUCACAGCGUGGAAAGAUGUGUCGGUGUUUCUGCAACUGUGAUGAAGUGGAGCCACCGCCCAGGUUUAUUUACACAGAACGAUAUGAAAGUAAAUGGGACCGGAACUCAUCCUCCAUUAACCUGAUCCGCUGCUCACGCUUAGAGAGCGUGGACACAAGCCAAAGUACAUCCGAUGACCAAGCACCAUAUGUGAUGUCUUCCACAUCCCAGAGAAAUAACAACUACGAGGAGGUGGAGAAAGCCUGGCCCUCUGGUGACCCCUCUAGAAGCAUCUCGACACUCCCUGAGGUUUCUGAAAGUCAGCUGAGGGAAAGAACACUCCUGCCUUACUCGAGUAUGUCCCUUCUACCUCCUCCACCUCUUCCACCCCAAAUCCACACCAUCAUCCUGGACUUCUCCAUGGUGCAUCUUGUGGAUGCACAUGCGUCGGUCGUAUUAAGACAGAUGUGCAAUGCUUUCCAAAACAUCAACCUUUUGGUGCUCAUUGCGGGGUGUCACUCAUCUGUGGUCAGGACAUUUGAGAAGAAUGAUUUCUUUGACUCUGGCAUCAGCAAGGCCCAGCUGUUCCUCACCCUCCAUGACGCUGUGCUGUUUGCUUUGUCAAGGAAGUUGCCGGACUCCUCCGAGUUAAGUGUGGACGAAUCUGAGACAGUGAUCCAGGAAACCUACUCAGAAACAGAAAAGAAUGGAGAAUCAAGACACAAAAUGAAGAGCAGUCUCACAGGAAUCCCUAGAAAUAAAACUUCAGGCUUUGCUGCACAGCAGGACCCAGUCACAGAGGAAUCAGAGCUGGACAUGGAUCUGUAUCCCACGCUGGAGUCACAACAAGAGACUGGGCUAGAUCUGGACCUAGGUCUGGAUCACCAGAUGGAGCCUGAGUCAGAACUGGAGCCAGAAACUGAACCCGAGCCCGAGACCGAGACGGAGACAGAGCCUGAGUCCAGGCCCAGGGCUCAGGCAUAUCCUCGGCAGCAGUACUGGCCUCUGUAUCAGCCUCCAUCCUCCAGAUCUCCACCUCAGACAUAGUCAGGAGAGAGGAGAUAUCAACAUAGGAAUUCUCAUACACCCAAGGGCAACACCACUGGGAUCCCUUGUCGAUUAACUGGGAAUAAGCAGAUGGGUUCCCGCAGCAAAUCCUCCCCACCCCAGGGGGCCACUUGGUCUGGAGGCCUGACUAGUGACAGACCAGCUGUACCUGCUUUGGGAUUCUUCCACUUGCUGGCCUUUCUUGCUCAGUGAGUAUUGGGAUCUCACGCCCAGAUCCCAAUACUCAAUACCAAGAAUUAUCUCUGAAUUCCAUACUCAGGCUCACUUCAUUUCACCUUCAACAGAUAUUCCACUGAAGGAGUUCCUCCUUCACAACCCUCAUCUCUGCAUCCCCUACCCCCACCCUGGGCCUCUCCAACUUACUCAUCUCUGUUCCCCUUUCUCCAAGGAGAUGAAGCUCAAAUAAAAAUAUGUAACUCUAGUUACAUUUGGAUCCUUCCUGCAUCUUCUCCCUUCUCUGUAAUCUGUGUGCCGAAGGGAGUGUCGGGUAGAACAAGUGCCAGAAGUAGGUGGACAUGGUGGGGGAAGAGAUGAGCAAGGAAAAGAACAACUGGGUAGCAUUUGUACGUUAUAUGCAGGUAAUCUUCACUGAGCUGAUGCAGUGGGAAAUAGGUGGAAACAGGCAGGUUAAGUCAGGCCAGCCUGUGAAGGCUUAUAGUACAAAGAACUGUUAG